AUGGAAACGACGGAAACGCUCGUGAAAGAAUUUGCGGCCAAGACGCGAGUCGGCGGCGACGCGACCGCGUUUGCGGGAUACGAAGCUUCGAGCGCCGAGCGCGCGGCGUACACCUCACCGGAGGGCGGUGACGUGCACGUCGUGAUAUUAGGACACGUUGAUGCGGGGAAAUCGACGCUUAGUGGGCGAUUGAUGUACGCUUUGAAAGCGGUCGAUGACAGAGCGAUGCAUAAAAACGUGCGCGAUUCCAAGGCGAGCGGGAAAUCGUCGUUCGCCUGGGCUUGGGUGAUGGACUGUAGACCGGAAGAACGAGAGCGCGGGGUGACGAUAGACGUCAGCAUGAAGCGAUGUGUGUUAGAUGGACAUCGACAGUUGGUAGUUUUAGAUGCUCCUGGGCACAAAGAUUUCGUGCCGAACGCGAUUUCCGGCGCGUCGCAAGCCGACGCGGGCGUUUUGGUCAUUGACGGCGCGAUGGGUGGAUUUGAAAACGGUUUCGCUGCGACUCCAGGUCACACGGGACAAACGCGCGAGCACGCGCGAUUGGCGCGGGCGCUUGGUUUACAUUCCCUCAUCGUCGUCAUCAAUAAGAUGGACUGCGUUGAGUAUGGAGAGGAGCGAUUUAGAUUUGUCGUCGAUGCGCUUCAAAACUUUCUCAUCGACGACGUCGGUUUUAGCCAAGAACAGCUCACGUUCGUGCCGGUUUCGGGGAUUGAGGGUACAAAUAUUUCGCCCGAUGACGCGGCUGCAUUGCCCGAUGCAUUGGCCUCGUGGUAUCGAGGCCCGACGCUCGUAGACGCGUUGCGAGCGGUUAAAAUUCCAUCUCGAGGAGCGCCGAAACCGCUUCGCAUGCCAAUCGCAGACAUCAUCACCGAAGUGCGCUCUCUCGGUGGAGCCGCGUGCGGUGGUAAGAUCGAAGCUGGAAGCUUGAUGAAAGGUCAAAAGCUACUCGUGAUGCCGGCCAACGUUUCGGCCACUGUGAAGUGCGUGGAAGUGGACGGAAUAGCCGUCGACUUUGCGCCGAUUGGCACAUCCGUGGACGUCGGCUUGAGCGACGUGGAUUCGCGGCAUUUAGAAGUCGGGAGCGUUUUAUGCCAUGCGUCGCAUCCAAUAACGCCCACGGAUGAGAUUGAAGUCCGUGUGCUCACGACGGACAUGCUUCGUGUGCCUUUACUCAAAGGCUCAAGGGUUGUUUUGCAUUCGCACAUGCUCGCGUGCGACGCAACGAUUGAGGAACUCGUCGCGCAAGUGGACACGGUGACGGGAGACGUGGUAAAGGCAAGUCCUCGGUGUAUUACGCGCGAACAGAGCGCUAUUUUGCGUAUUCGCACGUCUAGGAAUAUUUGCGUCGAACCGGUCGAGAUUUCACCGACGUUAAGCCGCGUGACGCUUCGCAUGAAUGGCAAAACCAUGGCGCUCGGUGUGGUGACUGCGAUUUGGCGCUCUUAG